UUGGUUUAGAGAACAACAAGAAAUGAGUGACUGAGUAUUGUGUGCUUGGGAGUCCUAUUAUAGCUGCUGUGGUAUCAAAAUAGGUAUCAAUAUUGUUUGAUUUAGUAGUUCUGGAUCCUAAUAUGUAUCGUUCUGCUGCAUCGUCUUGUUGUCAUAAUGGAACAAAAAUCCUCCUGGUUGUUAAGACGUGACUGAAACUUCUUAACAGAGCCCCUUCUCUGUUCUCUUCGUUGAUCCAAAAGGACAAAAUAUUUGAUUUAAUAAUGCAGAUAUUCAGUCGUAUGAGAAAAGAAAUAAACAGAGUGCACAAGUAUGUUGGCAGGUGAAACGUACAUGUGCUAUUUAAACUGUGCAGGAGUUUGCCUGCAAGAUUUGUGAAUUAAAAACAAGAAUUAUCUAAAAUAUCGGCUGCCUAGGACUUCUAUUUGUGUUACUGUGGUAUUGAAUAAGGUAUCAAAGUUUUUCCUCGACUUGUAUCAUGACAGCCGUAGUCUGCUGCACAGCAGAGGUCUAGAAGUGUGAAUCUGCAGAGGAACAACUGUGACGAAACUUCCAGCCUGAAUCAGCGUCUUUAAGUUUACUUCUUCUUUUUUCUCUGCGUCGACUUCCUCCUUCUUCUUUCUUAUCUUUCCAUUUCGUCGUUUUUCUGGGACAGUCUUCUUUCCGUCCUCUUCCCCGCUGAGGAUUUACCAGCUGUAUAGUGUUUUUAGAGGUGUAAUGAGAGCGCUGGUCAUGGACAGAUGAUGGACGUGGAGACGUCGUACUCGGACUUCAUCAACUGUGAUCGCACCGGCCGCAGGAACGCAGUGCCCGACAUCGGUGGCGAGGGAGAGGGAGAGGGAGGGGCCAGCACCAGUGAGCUCACCAAAGACCUGGCAGAGAUGGACCUGAAGGCCGCAGAAGGAGACCCGGGGGCCUCCCCAGCUCCGGAAGCCGAGGGCUCCACCAGCCAAGACGCCCAGGGAGGCGGAGGCCCUUCUUAAACUUAAGGCUGCAGAGGGGGGGGU